AUGUGCCUGCCAGAACGCGUCGCGAGCCACAUCCUCAUGCACGUCAUGGUGCCGGCGCUGCUCGACGCGCUGUGGUGGUACCAGAUUGACGCGGGCGUGCGGGCCGCGCCGUUCCGCAUCCUGUCGCUGCCGCCCGAGCUCAUUUGCCAUGUGCUCGGGCUCGCGGCCGACGAGCCCCACCUUCUCUCGGUGGACCAGGUGCGCCGCAUUUGCCGCUACGUGAUCAACGCGCGCGCCAUGGCUGGCAUGUCGGCGGCGCUGGCGGACGGCGUCGAGGACAGAGUGCGCGCCGAGUGGCUGGCCCGCGGGGGCAUGUGGUGGAGUGCUGGCGACCGUACGUCGCCCAGCACCCUCCCGGCCGUCUUCUUCGACCCCGCGACGGACGAUAACCCGCUCGCGCCGCUCCUCUCGCUCCCAGAGCACAGCGACAACGUGCGCGUCAAACUCGGGGGCAUGCAGCGCGUCCGCGGACUCGGGGGGCUCGCGCACCCCGUCCUCACGAUCGAGUGGGAGUGGGACGACAACGAAGACCGCCGCGUGCACGCCGCGCUCAACGCGUCGCGUAUCGCCGGCAUGGUGCUUCUCUACGCCGACAGCGGUGAAACGUUGUUCAACUUUCUCGACGCGCUCGCCGUGCCGACGCUGCGGCACCUCGACCUCCGGCCGUGGCCUGACGCGUUGGCCGACGCCGGGGACAUGAUCUACGUCUCCAAGCUGCUCACGUACCUGCGUAUCGGGCGGGCAAGGUUGCACACGCUCGUCGUCCCGAGGCACCGCAAGCUCGUCCGCUACCUCGCACUGGUGCUCGUGCAGCCGGCCGCAGGCUUCACGCUCGAGAACGUGUGCGCCGGCAUGUGCGAGCUCGUCCGCGCGUACCCCAACGACCCCGAGGAAGUCGAGUGGCCCGCGCCGUCGACUUACCCGCUCGAGUGCUUUUGCGAGGUCACUCCCACACCCAGCGGCGAGCCGGUGCACAUUCACCUCCGCACAAUAUCCCAGGUCAUGCGGCGAAACGCUGGGCUGAAUGCCCGUGCGAGGGCCGCGGCGCUCAGGAUGCUCGUCGUCGGCCGGGUGCUGUUCCACGCCAGCCUGGCGUGCGAGGACGACUCCGAGGCGGACGAGGACGAGGAGAUGGCCGCGACUACCGCGUCGUCGUCGGCAUCACCGCGACACGCUGCAGACAGCGACGACGAGCCGCCGCACAAGCGCAGCAAGGCGACCCACGCCCCGACCCCCGACGCCGUGUCGCCCUCGCGCCUCGGCGAGCUCCUCCUCAGCCUCCCAGCCGAAGUCCUCGAGAUCGUCGUCUCCCACACGGCGCCAGACGACGCCCUGACCGACGAGCAGCGCCUCCGCGUGCUGGCGCACGCGCGCGAUCGGCGCGACCUCGCGCGCGUGGCGGCGACCUUCGCCGCGGUGCGCCGUCACAGGCCAGAGAGCGAGCGUCGCGCGCGCGACGAGUGGCUCGCGAACGGCGGGGUCGGGUGGGAUAUCCGCACGACGAAACAGCGCAAGCCGGACCGUCUGGUCAUUGACAACGUCUUUGCGCUGAGACAUGAGGACUAG